ACAUAGCCUAAAAUUGUCCCUGAACCUGCACAUGCAAACUCUGCUAUCUCCGCUUCUAUUAAUACAAAGCUUCGAACAAAAACAUUCUCCCAAAAAGACACCACAAGUAAACAAAUUCUAAAACCCAUUUCACUAUGGCAGAUUCUGAAGAAAUCGACAACAAAAUAGUAACUCAGAAAGAUAACCCAAAAGAAUCCAGAAAUGUUUUCUCAUUAAUUCCAAAAAUUGAGCUCAAAUUUCCUUUCUUUAAUCAAGAAAAGCCACAGACACAGGCACAGGCACAAUCCGUGGCUAAAGAAGAACAAAAAAUGAGUCUAGUUAGUGAGGAAGAAAAAGUUACUGGAGAGCGGAAACCUAAUUUUGUGAGGUUUCCCAACACCAAUCCAAUUGUUCCGCCUUUGUUAGGUGCUGAGGUAGAAGAGAGUAGUGGAAGGACUCACAAUCCCAUUGUUAUAUGGCAGGUUUAUGCACUUGGUGGAUUCAUUAUACUGAAAUGGGUAUGGGCGAGAUGGAAGGAAAGGAAGGAGAGAGCCAAGCAAGCAUCAUCUGGUGAUGACCAAUCUUCUGAUGAGUACCAAUCGCCAGCUGAUGAUAAUGAAUGAUUCUAAAGUUGUGUUUGUCUUGAAAAUGCAAAUUUUGGCAAAGUGAAGUGGCUGGUUUAGCUGACACUGAGUUUUGUAAUGCACUUAUCUUGCAAUUGCAUGCUGUCUUGUUCCUAUUCCUAUUCCUAUAGCUAAUUUGCUGUCUGCUUUUUCUA